AUGGCCAACCCAACAAUCCCUUUGGAUUCACUGAUUCUUGUAACUGCAGCAAACGGUCUAGUUGCAUCUCACAUUACUGACCAACUUCUUGUUGUUGGAUACCGUGUCCGUGGAACAAUUCGAAACAAGACCAAAAAUGCGUGGAUGAUCUCCCUAUUCAAUGACCGAUAUGGAUCGGAUCGUUUCGAGCUUGUUGAGAUACCAGAUGCGUCCGUGCCAGGCGUGUGGGAUGGGGUCGUCAAGGGAGUUGCUGUUAUUGCGCAUGUCCUCGGCACCAUAGAUGUAAUGACACCAAACGGCGAGAAAGCAGCUGAAGAGGAACUCCCGUGGCAUCUGGCUCUGCUCAAUGCUGCUCAAAAUGAACCUACCGUGAAGUCAUUUAUCUAUACGAGCUCUGCCUGGGCGGCAUGGGCCCCGGAUGCAAGCAAGAAGAUCACCUUGACCGACGAUGCGUCUCCUGAGGAAAAGGGUCUCUUUGCUCAGUACAUGGCGCUCAAGGCAAUUCUAGAGCAGAAGGUAUGGGAAUGGGUGAAUCGAGAAAAACCUUACUUCACAUUCAACACUAUCCUCCUCGAUACCGUCAUUGGUGACACCCUCCAGCCAAAAGAGUUGGGCAUUCCUUCUACUGCAGCCAUGGUCAAGUGGGCAGUCGAUGGGAUUAAUCUUCCAAUUUUGAAUGGGUUCCAGCCUCAAUGGUACGUCAAUACACGGGAUGCUGCUUUGCUUUAUGUUGCAGCAUUUACUGUACCUGGUGUUGACCGAGAGCGCUUGUUUGCAUUUGGUGACCGGUUUAGUUGGUCAGUACCCUGUUUUUAA